ACGUACCCCAGUAAAAAGGGUCUAGUGACGCCUAUGCUAUUCGACAUGAAGAAGAAGAUUAUGAGGAUGCUGAUGAUCAUCAAUCAUUUAUUGUGAAGGUUCCGUGUCGGAAGUGUUGCUGGGACAAAUUCAUUCAGAUCCACACUCCAUACCAGUUGGUGGCAGCAAUGCACCAUUUCGUUGCGUGCCAACCGCCAAUAAAAUUCCAAGAAGAAGAAGAAGCAGACGCAGAAGAAGAAGAAUGUCGGUGUGACAUUUCACAACAGUAACCGAAGGCACGGGUGGAAAGCCAUGAUGACCGACUCUUCACUCCUCAACUCUGAGCAGGAGUUACAGCAGCAAGAGGAACUUUAUCAACAGUUGCUGUUACAGACAAUGGGAAAGAUGCAGACCAAGAAUCCAGACUCCAAAGUAAUUCGACCAGAGCCUGGCAUGUGUGUGAAGACUCUCUCCCAGCCAGGCAAGCAGAAGGUCUUCGUUAACAUCUGUCAGUCAAACUCAGUCCCGCCUCCACCAGACCUCUCCAGAGAGGAGCUUGAGGACCUGCUCCAAUCGGAUGAUCCAAGCGGCUACAGAGUUCCAAUGAGCCUCGGCGAGCCACACAUAGAAAUAGACAACAGCUCUCAGGGUUGCACAGCAUACGAUGUGGUCGUCAACCAGGAGUUCUUCCAAAAGUGCCAGAAGGAUCCCUUGUUCCAGCAGUUUGUCAUUCUUGUGUCUAUGGAGGGUUUGGAGAACAAAUAUAAUCUGGAGCUAAGUCGAGACUGGAAGGUGCUGAAGAACAGAAAGUUUUUGGGUUCUGUUAGCGAGCAGAACAUCCGGACAAAGAGCAGGCCCGUGAUUCAAGAACUGAAGCCUCAGGAGAGCUCCACUGCUACGGCCAAACGACCAGAGUUCACUUUGCUUGUGGAGCCCCCUGAUGGCGACCCUGAGUACCUCAUUGCUGAAAUAAUGCUACCUGGGGUGCCGUCGUCUCGCUCUCUGGUUUUGGAUGUGGGGGAGGACCGACUGGUGUUGACGGCUCGGCCCUCGCUCUUCCAUCUCGACAUCUUCCAUCCCUUCCUCGUUGACCAGGAGAACAGUGUGGCACAAUACAACAACAGCACUCAGAUCCUUACAGUGACAAUGCCUGUGGUAUCUUCAUGAAACUACAGAAGUAAUGUCCAGUUAUUUAUGAAUAUUGUUGAAAAAUGAUGCUGUCAUAAUAAAAGGGUUUUUAUAAAGUCA